UACAUUGGCAUAUCGACGUGACAUCCAUUAUUGUAUUCAUAUUGAAUACUGUACAAUUGAAAUUCUAUGAAGAUAAAGUUAAUUCGAAUAUAAUUACAAAUAUGACCGUAACGAAAGUCAAUGAAGACCUAGUAAGGGAACGAAGAAAAUGUACCUUCGACGUAAAUGAACUGACGCAUUUCUUCGAUGGAGGAGCAGAUAUUACGUCGGAAAGGAGAAAAUUUGAAAAGACAGUGCUGGCGAUUAAAGGAAUAAACGAUGAGAUACCGGAGGACUAUUUGAGUCAUAAGGACAGAUAUGAGAAUGCUGUCAGAAAAGCAUGUUUAGUGAAGGAAAACCUUAAUAAGUCCAAGUUACAAGUAGCGCUUAUGCCAGAAAAAUAUGAAGCUACUUAUGUAAACACUAUUCUAAAAGGAUUGGUAAAGGAUAUAUCGCCUUUUUUUCUCCAUGACACCAUGUUUCUUGUAACAAUUUGGGGCCAAAUGAACGAGGAACAGCAAGCUGAGUGGAUGCCAAAGGCGAAAGCUUUGAAGGUUAUCGGAACUUAUGCACAGACCGAGUUGGGACAUGGAACAUUCAUAAGAGGUCUUGAAACUACCGCCACGUAUGACCCUGAAACUGAAGAAUUCGUCUUAAAUACUCCCACAUUAACAGCGUAUAAGUGGUGGCCGGGAGGACUGGGACACACUGCAAACCAUUGCAUCGUAGUAGCUCAACUGUACUCUCAAGGAAAACAUCACGGUUUACAAACAUUUAUAGUCCAGAUCAGAGACUUUAAGACACAUAAUCCUCUGCCUGGUAUUCAUGUGGGAGAGAUUGGACCCAAAUUUAACUUCCAGACUGCCAAUAAUGGUUUCCUUGGCUUCAAAAACUAUAGGAUUCCAAGAAAAAAUAUGUUGAUGAGAAACGCACAAGUACUUAAGGAUGGUACGUUUGUGAAGUCUAAAAAUGAUAAGUUGACAUACGGAACUUUGGUCAUAGGACGGGUAAAUCUUAUAAACGAUAUUGCCAUCAACUUAGCUGCAGCUUCAGUCAUCGCUGUUCGCUACUCAGCUGUUAGACACCAAUCGAAGCCUAAACCUAAUGAACCUGAGCCCCAAAUUUUGGACUACUUAACUCAACAGCAUAAGGUGUUCAUUAAUAUCGCUACAAGUCAUGCCUUCAGGAUCACUGGCCGGUGGCUCUGGAAUACCAUGAUGGGUAUUCUUAAAGACAUCUCAGAAGGAAAGAUGGAACAAUUACCUGAGUUACACGCCAUAUCCUGUUGUAUGAAGGCAGUAUGCAGUCAGGACUCUGCGUUAGGUGUUGAGCAGUGUCGCUUGGCGUGCGGUGGUCAUGGCUUCAUGAAAUCUUCCAACUUGCCAUUACUUUAUGGUGUGACAACUGCUUCUAUAACAUAUGAAGGCGAAAAUACCGUAAUGAUGUUACAGACGGCUAGGUACCUGAUGAAGACGUGGAUGCAAGUAUUAGAGGGUAACACAGCACUAACUCCAACCGUUAAGUACUUGCUUAACUUUGUGAACCCCACUGACACUAAAUGGGAAAACACUCCUGAAGGCAUCAUAAAAGGACUGCAGGCAGUUGCAGCCGGAAAAAUUAAAGCGGCAUACGAUACCAUGGUGAAAUAUGUGACUGCUGGGAAUAGUCAAGAGGACGCUUGGAAUCUAGCCUCGGUGCAACUAGUGGGUGCUAGUGAGGCACAUUGUCGAGUAUUCCUUUGCGAAAUAUUCGUAAAUGAGAUUCAGCGUACGUCGAAAUCGCUAUCUCCCAAUUUAUACAAAGUGUUGCAGCAGUUGGUUGAACUGUAUUUGGUGUAUUGGGCUUUGGAGAAGAAAGGUGAUAUUUUGUUGUAUUCCACAAUAUCGAAGAACGACAUAGCUGUUCUAACAAACCGAUAUGAAGAACUGCUGGGUCUGCUCAGGCCAAAUGCAGUUGGUCUUGUCGAUGGCUACGAUAUUAGAGAUGAGGUACUGAACUCUACACUGGGCGCGUACGAUGGUCGCGUGUAUGAGCGUUUAUUUGAGGAUGCCCUCAAGAGUCCUCUAAACCAGGAACAGGUCAACAGCUCCUUCCACAAGUACACCAAGCCAUUCAUGGAGAAGGCCAAGCUAUAGUGUUUCAAAUUAUAUGGAAUUUUUAUUUAUUUAUUUUGAUAUAGGGACUCUAGUAUUUACAUAUUCGAUUUCUGUUCAAGUGAAUUUUAAUUUGUAUUCGUUUCUACAACAGUACGUCAAAAUUAUGUACCAAAUUUGUUCUUAUAUAUACAUGUAUGUAAAUAAAAUACAUAGUUACUUUUGAAUGGAAAUGAAAACAAUUAAGUUUACAAUAAAAUUAAAUGGUUCUCACCGUGCGUUUGUAAUACUUGUUAAUUUUUAAAUUAAAUUAAAAAUCAACCACCGCUCUCCUGUAAUAUUCC